GUAAAAACUAUAUAAGCGCAAUUUUCUGAGCACUGUUUACUAGUUGUGAAACUUUCUGUCAACAUGUAAAAUUUGCAAGCUGUAAGCAGCUGACCAGAAGCCAACGAAAUAAAUGAUGGUACCAUGUUAUUCUGCACAAAUCAAUGUUGUUCUCGCUUUAUUCAAAAGAUGACAUUCGCCAAUUUCUUGAAUUAGUUUAAAUGUCUGUCCCUAACGAGUUGGUUCAGUGACACCCCAUUCGCUCUACCAACAGCUUUUAAUCCUUCACGUAAUGUAGCAAGGAUUUUCCUUAAGUAGCCCAGAAAAGAUUAAGGAGAAGCAAUCAAUAAACAUGAUUUUUCAGUAAUCUAAUAUAUAUCAGUGUCGUUAUUAUAUUGUGUGACAGAUAUAAUGAAAGCAAGAGAACUGAAUUGACUUGCAUUCUUCACAAAAUAGUUUAGCCAACAUUUUACAUGCAAGUAAGUACACAAUGCAAUCUGGUUACUGACCAUAUUAUUUUCUGGAAUAAGCUGAAAUCUAAGGGAACAAGAAUUGAAUCAACAAAACAAAAUUCAGCCAAAAUACUACUUUCAUUGACCGAAAUCUCUCCUACACAAAAACAUGAAUGGGAUGAACAUUUUCAAUUUGGAACACACCUCAAGGAAACAGGAAAGAAAAAAACGCUGAAAACAAUUCACUUAGAUACACACUUCAAUUGAAAACUAUCGAUUUACGAGUAUGAAAAAGAAAGUAAAAAUACUUUUAUUAUUACGAAAGUACCAUUAGGUAGGUACACUACUACAAUUAGAGAUGGUGGUAGUAGUAAGCAGUGAUACAUGUGGUAAAAUGACAUAUUUUGACCAAUAGGAAGAGAGAAAGACUAUUAUUUAUCUCUUCAAGGUCAUUCGCAGAAAACCAAUCACAUAACCAAAUAAUGAAAACUAAAGUUUCUACUAGAGCAAAAAUAAUCUUAUUAUGCAGAAAAUUCGCAAAGAAAUCAUUAAAGACAUUUAGGUAAAAGUAACAACGAGAACAACAGAAACGUGAAAAGGAAAAAAAGCAAUACGUUUCAACAUGUUGGAAUUAAAAUUGAUGCGACGAUUUACAGAACCCAUUCAUCACUUUCAUGAAUCAAACACAAAUAAAAACCAACCAAUAGUACACAAGAUAACCUUCAAUAAAGAUAAACAAUCUUGUAUACUCGCCAUGCCUGUCAGUCUAUAUCGUAGGAAAUAUCUUCAAAAAUGUAAUCAAUGGAUAAAGGAUACUACAACAUGUACUCCUAUUCUUAAUGAUGAGGAUGCUAUUUAUGUGAAUACAAAUAAACGAAUAAGUAGUUAUGAUGAUGAGAAUAACGAAGAUAUAACCGUGCAAGAUGCAAUACAAUCAGACAUAGGAGAUAUCAAUAAGACUACUACUACUACUAUUUCUAAUAAUAAUGCUGACAAUAACGAUGACCACUGUCCCGAUUAUCAUCCGACAAAAUAUUAUUUCCUUAAAACAAAUAAUCAAAUUGAGUUAAUUCAACCAAUCAACAAUUCAACGAAUUUCUUCUUCACACUAGCUAAUCAAAUUCAAGAUGAAUAUCGUUGUCAUGAUCAAAGGGAAGAUAAAGAUAAACACUUCACACAAAUAUGGACACAUAGAGAGAAACCAAUAGAUCAGAAAAAAGUUAUCAGUAAUGCACUGAAAGAAACGCUGAAACGAAAGAAAAAUAAAAAAGAAAUGGAAUUCAAUCAGUUGAAAAACACUCAAAUAACGCAGAAUACAGUAUUCAACUCUGUAUCAAAUUUCUUGCUUCAUUGUGUUACAAUUGAUGAAUGUCCAUUAACCGAACAACUCGAUUCAUCAAGCACCUAUUCAUCAUAUUCUCCGUGCAAUCAACAAACAGACGAUAUGCAAACUACUGAGGGAACAAUAACAAUUAGUGAAGUAGACAAAACUGAUACUACUUAUGAGUACAUGAAAAGAGGUAAAAUAAAAAAAUCCAACAUCUUUGUAAAUCCUGGACCAAUACCCAAAGAAAUUAAUCGAAGCAAUUUUUAUAAGCAUAGGAAAUAUGUUAAUCAACCCUUCAAGCUGAUGAUGAGUACUCGUAAAAAACGUCCUGAUCCAUUUAUUUAAUAUAAUAAUAGAAGUGACGCAAAGGAAUAACUAUUAUGCUUAUUCUGUAACCACCGAAGAAUUGAAAAUUACACGUCAUCACACUUCCAU